GUCGUGUCAAAAAACUUGAAAAUAAAAUUUUUCUUAGGCGGAUCGACACGGCACAGGGGAAAAGUUUUUCUCGGAAAGUGUUUCCCGAGCGUUCGGUCCCGGUCGAAAAAUAGUGCAAGUGGCGUGCGAAGGUUCGACGAAUAGAGUUGCGAUCAAGUUGACCGGAAACGGUCUAGAUCGGGGCGGAAAAGUGCAUUUCAAAUCCUUUGGGUUUCGAUUCGGUCGACGACGGACGGUCCCAUUGCUGUCCUCUGUUGCAAGAUUAAGGUGGCUCCCUCUGUUGGUGCCGUUGUGAAAGUGUAUAUGUAUGUGCGCUGAUUGGUGCAUUUGUGUAUAGUGUUGUAUAUUGGGCCCAUAAUAAUGGCAGAUAGAUGAAAGUGCUGUUCCCAUCAUCAGUGCUCGUUGGCUUGUUGUGUUGGGAAAGAGGGUGCUACUGCUGGAAUGUGCCAGUGUGAGUGUAUUAUUACGGCCACGGAUCCACAAAAGGUUACUGGAGGAGCACCAUCGUCGUCGAGUUUGGAGUAUGGUAAAAUGUAAACAUGGCCGAAUGACAAGAGCCAAAAAGACGGAAAUGAAAAUAUCCAAGUGUGCUGGAAAAUAGUUCGGGAGUUGCUGAAGAUUAGUUCCGCGUGGCAGUAGGCUUUGCUGCCAAUCGAAAAGUGGACCCAGCCUACUACGGUGCGAAUAUAUUGUGCAAUAUUGUUACCGCAUAGCGAGACAUCAGCCUUAGUAUCGAGGCAAUCCACGACUGAAAGAUUCCAACAUCAGACGAAAAUCAAGUUAUCAGGUUUUUCGCGAAACUCCAUCUCAAAAUGGUUUUUCAUUUGUAUUCAGAUCAACCGCUACUAGCCGCAUUUGCCGCUAGAAAAUGAAUCUCGGUCUAUGGGGAUGCUUGGUGCCCUGUGGACUGCAAUACUGGUGCGAGAGUAAAAGCGAUACAUGCAUUACGGAGAUGGGGGCGACGGCAUCAACUGAUUGUCCCGGUGCCGGAGGUCCCGGCGGAAUUCCGGGCCUGACCGGUGCUAUCACGACUGCGGCUGGUGCUACGACUACGACACCUCUCACAGCCGGUGGCAUUGGUGGCUCAGGUGCUGGGAUGCUGGGAGCGUACGGACCCGUUGGUGGACCACCCGUUAUCGUACGGGAGCGGCGGAAGAAGGUCACCGGGUUUGCCACACUGAAGAAGAAACUUAUUCGACGGAGACGAUCGUCGAAAGCAUGCGAUCAUGGCCGGGUGCUGCGGGAAUUCGUGUCCAGCUGGAGUCCGAUGGAACUGUCGGCACUGUUGGAAGAGUACGAAUCGCUGGCAGCACUGAAGGACCUUUCGGUUCAGGCUGAGCUGGCACGGCCACCGGCAACCACGUUCAAACAGGAUCUCGCCAGUUUGUACGACUACAAACAUUGCACCGACUGUGAUCUAGUGUUCCGGGGAACCGUCUUCCCGGUUCACCGUGCACUACUAUCCGCACGUUGUCCGUACUUCCGGGACCUGCUAGCCGGCUGCCCGGGCUACGGUGCCCGAAUCUGUUUGGAAUUACGCUCCUCGCCGGUGGACGUUCCAAUGUUUUCGUCGCUGCUAAGAUAUCUGUAUACAGGAGAUUUAUGUACACACGAUCCGACCAUAGAUGUAAGUCUGCUACGUAGAUUAGGAGAAGAUUUCGGCACACCGAAUCCGCUAGAAAAUGACCUGCGCUACCUGCUCGAAACCGGGGACUACGCAGAUGCCGCCAUAGUGUUCACCUCCGAGGGUGGCGACUACCAUCGGCCCGAUUCUGGCAGCUCGGAGUACGGUUUUCGACCGAAGCUAGAACUACCUUGCCAUAAGGCGAUCCUCAGUGCACGAUCACCAUUCUUCAAGAAUAUGAUCCAGCGACGGACCCGUAACAUUAACGAAGAACACCAACUUCAUGGCACAGACCGAUCGUUACAUGUUCCGACACGCAUCGUGCUGGAUGAAACCGUAAUUCCGAAACGUUACGCUCGUGUUCUACUGCACGCGAUCUACCUGGACACCGUGGAUCUAUCGUUGAUCUUACGCGGAAAUGGAUGCGGCAACGGAGCAGGAAGUCUCGGAGAGGUGCAAGCUCUUACCCACACAGGGAGAACCAGGCCGUCACCUUUGGAAGAAGCCAUGGAGCUGUAUCAAAUCGGACGCUUCCUCGAACUGGACAUUCUGGCACAAGGCUGUGAAGAUCUGAUCCUUGAAUGGCUAACUUUGGAUACGCUAGCUACGGUUUUACGAUGGGGUGGGCAACCACACGGGUCUGCCUGGGUUUAUCGCCAAGCUUGCCACUACUUGCGCGAAGAGUUCUCGGCUAUUGUCGGAUCUCCGGUGCUCUUCCAGCUUGAUAAAUCUCAGCUGAUAGAAGCACUUCAAAACAACUUCCUUCAGGCAUCAGAGCUGGAGGUGCUGCAGGCUGUUUUGAAGUGGGGCGAGCAGGAGCUGAUCCGACGGAUGGAAGAUCGGGAGCCAAAUUUGCUUAGUCACACUGCACACUCGGUUACCCGGAAGGGAAUCAAAAAGCGUGAUUUGAGCGACGUAGAGUUGAGGGAAAUUCUAUCGGAGUUACUGCCGCAUGUUCGAAUGGACCACGUACUGCCACCGAGCAACGAGAUAUUGAACCAAGCAAUCCGACGGGGUUUGGUUAGCACUCCACCAUCGCACAUGAUCGGAGACGAUCGUGAGAGUCUGAGGAUCAAUGCGUGGAUUCGCGGUGGAAAGAACCAUGGUUUGUUUGUACGACCUCGGCUGUUCAUGCCGUACUAUGAGGAGGUUAAGGUGCUGCUUGAGGAUCACAUUGCGUCGCAACAGAUCGAAAUGUUGCGCAUGCGACGAUCGCGCCACAUGCCGGACAUUCCGGACACGUUGUACAUGGUGUCUCGACUUAAUAGUAACACUAGUGGGAACAUGGGUGGCGGAGGCACGUCAGGUGUGGAUGUUGUUGCGGCAGCGGCCGCUUCGAUUCCAGCACCAGAUCCAAGCGCCAUGGAAGCUAUGCAAAAGAGGGAACAAAAGCUUAGGCAAGCACCUAGCUGUCAACGAGCGUUGACGCUUCCGCUGUCAAGCCGGAACGAAAUCAAUCGUCAGAUCAGGUUGCGGGUUGUUCGGGAAUUCAAUUUUCCGGAUGAGGUGGCAGAGUUGUUGGAGAACUCCAAUUGCUACUGCCUGGACGCAGAUGGCUCCACACCGAAAGCUCAGGGCGACGAUAUCCAUGCGAGCAAUCAUUCAUUGGACGAUGACACAACUCCGCCCCCUUCGCCGGCACUGCCAAGUGAUAUUAUUCCACAAAACGUUGCCUGCUUUGGGCGCAACAUGACAUUCCCCCGGCAACAACCUCAACCACCACCACAAGUGAUCGCGCAUGGGGCUGGAGGAGGAGGAGGAGAUAUGGGAGGUGGAGUUGGAGGACGACUACAUCAUCCCUCGGGUGGUAUGUUAGGACCGAGUUCAAGUAUUAUAGGUACCCAUCGACGCCAAGAACUGCCAUCGUUGAUCCCCGGAGGGGAUGUAGUUGCUUAUAGGCUGUCAGCACCGGCCGGAGAUCAUUCCGGGGAGGCCGGAGCCUGUUCGGAGGGACAUCUUUCGGAUAUAAUGCCGGACGUGGCCAUGGCGACGGCAUCUAUGGGACAGUUGCAACUUGGAGACAUGCCCGAGAGUCUUCAUCUAGAUCUGGGCGAUGGACCAAGUCACAUGAUCGGAGCAGCAGGAUCUCUAGGAUUACAUAAUCUUCCGCAUCAUCGAAUAGCGACACCUUCGCCGAGCAAUUUCCAUCACUACAUGACCCGGAGCCAUCCUCCGUCCGGUUCACUGAGUAGUAGUGGUGUCGGUGGCGGCCACGGGGAAGGCGCAGCGGAACGUGGCAUGAUGGGUGGUGGAAGGCUACCCAGUUCCCUCGGUGGAUCCUCCCAGUCGGGUCAGCCGGGAGUAUCAGCUGCUUCGGCGGCAGCAGCCGGGUCUUCGUCGUCAUACUCGCAGCGGUCCAACUCACCGUACACCUUACACCGAGCGAGUCCGGGCCUGCCGCAUAGCUCAUAUCACACCGGCCCCCGAUUAUAGAGACGGCUGCAAGUAUUUCCCGACAAACGUCAGCUGUUCAGUAUGCCUUUCUGAAAGGAACACACUGAGGAGAAUGAGGAGCGGAUGUGUGUGCGUGAGACUGUCUGUAAGGGUGUGUGACGGAGAGGAAUGGAGUGCGACCCGGGGCGUAGAGGUUUAGUUAAACGAAUUAACUAAAUUAAAACACAAGUAGCAGAAAAAAGAAGCAAAAACAAAUACAAACUACUACACAGUAAAAAAGGAAGGUAAUUAAUUGCAACAAAUACAUAGAUAUUUGAAUUAAGAGUUAAGUAUUUCAUUAAUAAACUCAAGAAGAAGAACAACACUACAAUGGCAAGGAUAUAAAAGUAAUAAUAGUACUAAAAUAAACACAAAACAAAGCAGUAAGAAUAAUAAUCGAAGACUUUUAUAUUUAACAAACUACAAAACAAACAUAGGAGCAAACCCACAGAAUACAAGUCGACGGUGUAAACGAGAAGCGAAUUGAUAGCAAAGAGGAAUGAGGCAUAAAACACACAAACACCAGGAGAGCGACGAACCGCGGUUUGUGUGGAGGUAGCAGUAGUGUGUAAUCGAGUUUUUGAGUUCGCUUCUUCGGCGUACGAAGCGAAGCGAGAUAAAGCAAUCGUUCACACAUACGAAUGAAUGACCAAGCGAUCGCGUGCGUAAAUCAACCCGAAUAUAUGAACACACACACACAAACAAUCGUACGGAUUUUUCCUUGGUUUAGAAACUAGGCCGUGCCUUUAAUUUAUUCUCUUUUACAUUUUUUAGCAAACUUUAGCGCCCCUUCCUUUCGGAUCCCUCAAACUCUCGAGGGACAGUAUGAUAAUCAGAUGUGUUUUUUAAUAUGAGAUGAAGUUUUAACGCUAUUUAUUUAUCUUUUUUUCGCGAUCUGUUUUUUUUUUACACUAGGUUAUGUAGGACAUUUUUUCUCAAUUGGGAAACAAGGCAAACCAAUAAAACAAAUGUUAUUACGAUUGUGUUUAGAUUUGCCCUUGGUUUCCGCGUUAUACGGCAACGGUAGAAGUAGUAAAGGAAAUUCGAGUGAAUGAGUGAGAAUGCGAGAUAAAUGAAGCAAAAAACAAUUUCAUGUUUUCGAAUAAUCGUAACAUCAAGAAGAAGCAAACAAAAAUGCAUCGUUCGUGUAUGUAAAAUGACUUAUUAU